UUAUAUUUUAAUUAUUACAAAAUAAUGUAGUUUCGUUUCCUGUACGAUAACUUAACAAACAAAUCUUUUCCUCUUUUCAUAUAGUUCAUGAGAACCGUUUCACACGUUUCUUUACCACAUGCGCCCCGCCCGCCCGUCUACACCCCACCCCUCAACUGAAUUUUUCUGCUAUAAAAGAGCAUGUUGAACCAUAUUCCCACUACAGUGUCACAACGAAUAUUGCGUUGAAAUCAUGGAUCCGCAAGCUUCAUCACAUACCAAAUCCGACAACAAUACCAUCACCACUUGGUGCUGCCAGUGCUGGUUGUCCACCACCACAAGCGGCGGCGGCGGCUGUGACGGUGGCUGUAGCAGCUCCACUUCGCCAUCGUCACCCGGACCACAACCGAUGGCAACAGCAAAGGCACUGUUAAAACAAGACGAUGGGGACAAGGGAAAAACAAACUGCCUAGAGAGCGCUUCUGAGAGCGAUACGAGCGAUGAAAUGAAAUCUUUUUAUCAAGGAUGUAAAAGCAAGUGGAUAAAAGCGUUCCAAAACAAUACUCUGAUUAAUAGAUGGCGCCUCCCCAUGCCAUUUCACACAUUUAGAGCGGAAGUAGCGAGAUUGUUAAAACGAUUGUAUAUCGAAGGUCACCAUGACGAUUGUCAUAUUUACCUGUUAAUUGUAAUGUGGGACGAUUUAAACGAUGACGUAGAAGAGAUAGUGGGAGAUGCUCAAAUCAACUAUCAAGACUGGAUUGCGUUAUUAGGUGGCGUUACAGCGGAACUAUUUUCACGCGUGGUGUUCAAUACUAAAUCUUUUAAUUAUUUAAUCAAUGUAAUAUUUUGUGUGCUAGGUCCAAACAUAAUAGCUUCCGGUGAUUAUGAAUGUGAACCUAAAUGUAAGAAUGCUCGUACAUAUUAAGGUGAUGAUGCAUUUAUUCCUUGUCAUUGUUUAAUUUUAAAUUGUUAGCUCGCUGCGAAUGUAAAUGUUUUAAUGUACACGUAUUAAUAAUAAAUUCAUAUUACUGAAUA